AUCUGCCUCUGUCGUUUGUUCGCUAACCAAACAGAUCAUUUAAGGAAGAGACAGACAGGCUCAUCAGUGCCGCACGGCCGCACCUUAACGACAAGCCUGUCUCCUCCGCCUCCAACCUUCCUUGAGAGCCCACAGCCGCUCCAUCCUUGACGCACGCCAUGUCCGCGCCCGGCAGAACAGGGCCGCAGGCUUGCUGGCCCGCCCAUCCAGCUCCGGCCCACCACCCCGCCUCCUCAGCACCACCACCGCCAGCCAUUCCCAGCAGCGCCGCGCGCGCCUCCGUGCCCUCCUCGGCCGCCGUCCCACCCGCCACCACGUGUCCAGCAGCGCCGCGCGCUCCGUGCUGCUACAGCCGCAGCCGCAGCCCGGGCCGUUUCAUAAAUGCUCGAUGAAGCGCGGAGAGCGCAGCCGCUACCGCGACGACGACGCCUCCGACCGCGUCCCGGAGUUCGAGUUCGAG